AUGGGUGGAUGCUUCUCAAAACAGAACAAGAAGAAGGUGGUCGAGUCCGACAUGCUGGCCAGCGAUUCGUCGGCACCAGAGUCAAAGAAGUUGAGUGAUGAUCACAAGAACAACCUCAAUCUUGUGGCGAUUAACUGGAAGUGUAAUACUGUCGGUAUCUGGAAGCGAAACCACGACAAGUUGGCCAUUCACACCGACGUGCCCCGUCUUGGACACAAGAUCGAUAUCAUUGACAAGCUGCAUCGUCUCGACAAGCUGUCAUUCCAGAGCGUAACUUCUAUCAGUCUCAACAAUCUGCGCGAGGGAGAGUCUCCAACAUACACCACCGAGCUCAGCGGUGCCGCUGCAGCAUCCAGCAAUGGCGCUGACAAGUUCACCGCCGCCACCACUCUUACAUCGGCAGGCAUCAGCACGGCACAGGUGCUAAAGAAGGAGGAGGUUGUAUUGCAGGUGCUGCUGGCGCUUGCCCAACUGCUUGACGGUCCAGAGAAGCGACAGCAGAUCAAUGAUCAGUAUACUACCUAUAUUAAGGGCGUCGGAGAUAUCUCACAACAGCUGCUCUCCCUGCUGACCAACGUCGUUGGCGAAGAGAGCAGGAUGAUGCAGUUGCUCAAGGUGUGUCACCAAAAGAUCAUCCUGCCAGCCUACUACUUCAUCAAAGCGAACAUAUACGAGGAGAUGCCUUUCCGCGACAAGCGCGGCUCAUGGCGCAUGAGUAUGGUGUUUGAGGAAGAUGGAAGCAUUGCAGCGAUCCAUUCAAAGCGCCAGCAAUCGACUGUCGGCCCCGACGCCGACCCAGAGUUUGAAUUUGAAUGGACAUUGUCCAUCAUCUUUGACAGGGACAUGCAGAUCUUGGCACUCAAGGUGGAUGUCGUCGACCUGAUCAUCUCCAACAGCAUAACGGUGGACAGGAAACAACAGAUACAGAACGCCUUUGCCAACUUGCAGUCAGCCACCACCAACUCCAACAACACAAGUUUCAAGUCGACGGAUCCAAUCACAAUGAGCAAGAUUCCUGACUCUUGA